GUAUUUAAAAUUAAAAACGCAGCUUUAAUUUUAUUAAAGAAUAAAUCGUAUUUCAUACUCAGAGAUACCAGCGCGCAUAUGCAAUUUUUGCCGUUAUCUAAAUAUGUAUGUAUAUAUGUAUUUUGCCAUCCCUAAAAAUCUUAUCAGCGCACCACAAAUAUAAGGCAGAAUCUACUUGCAUUCAUAAACAUACAAGCAUUACAAACAAACGGAUUUCCAUUUGUAAAGCGAGACGAUAGAAGAAGAGUGCAAAAGAGCGAAGCACAAAAGCCAGUAAACAAGACAAACAAGGCAGGCGGCUUUUUUCAGUUCACAGAUACGCACUCAUAAUUAUAGUAGGUGGAGUAAGUAAGACUAAGCCAGAGAGAUCUAGUCGCUGCCUACGAUCGGUUCAGUUAGGGUCGGAGACUAGCAAUGCCACGCCCAGUUCUGCUCAUCCAUGGCGGUGCCGGCGAUAUAACCGAUGCACGAGUUCCUGGCAAAUUCAAUGGGAUCAAGGAGGCACUACGUCGAGCCUGGCCACGACUCCAGGCCGGACAGAGUGUGGAGGGCAGUGCCGCAGAUGCUGUCGAGUGGGCGAUACAGUCGAUGGAGCUAAAUGAAUGCUUCAAUGCUGGGCAUGGCUCGUGCCUUAACACGGCCGGUGAUGUUGAGAUGGAGGCCAGUUUUAUGGAGGGCCAAGAUUUGCGUGCCGGCUGCAUCACCUUGCUGCGCGACAUUCUGCAUCCGAUAUCGGUGGCACGCAAGUUGAUGGAGAAGAAGCGGCACGUGUUCAUUGGUGGCCUGGCAGCCCAGGAAUUUGCACUGGGCGCCGGUUUUGAGAAAUUGGCUGCUGGUACUCUGGUCACGGAGAGUGCUCAGCAGGGUCUGCUGGAGUUCAAGAGGCAGCAGCUGCAAGGCAAGGAUGUCACGUAUGCACGCACCGAACUCGAUCAGUUGCGCACCGAUCCCAGCGGCGAAACUGUGGGCGCUGUGGCCAUGGAUGAGUUGGGAAACAUUGUGGUGGGCACUUCAACGGGCGGCAUUACGGGCAAGUGGCCGGGACGCAUUGGAGAUACGCCUUUGUUGGGUUGCGGCACCUAUGCGGACAACACUGUUGGAGGCGUAUCCACCACCGGCCAUGGCGAGACCAUUAUGCGCUACAAUCUCGCUCAGCGCAUACUCUCAGCCAUCAAACACCAAGGGCUGUCGGCGCAGGCAGCCGCAGAACAGGAAUGCAAGCUGAUGACUCAACGUCUUGGCGGCACUGGCGGCGCCAUUGUCGUCGAUUACAAUGGCGAGAUUGGCGUUAGCUUCAGUUCGCGUCGCAUGGCCUGGGGCUACAUCCAGAAUGGCACUAUUUUCUAUGGCAUCGAUCAAAAUGUUGUGCUUACCGAAUCGUUUGACACGAACUGAGGAUCCAUCGAGUGAUUCUUACAGCAGCCAUACACAGAUGCAUUUAUAUUCUAGGUACAUAUGUAUAUAUCUAUAGUACAUACAUAUAUUCGAUGUAUUUUGUUGGAAUCUUAUUUCGAGUAUUACACAAAAAUGUCCAUAUCCAAGCUACUAAAAUGCCACGCCCACAACUCAAUGGGGCGGGACAUGUAUACACAUAUAAUAAAAAAUAAUAAAUUAUUAAAAUUAA